AUGUGCUCCUCUCAGCUGUUCCUCCUGGCACUGUGCUUGUGUUUUGUCCAAAGCCGACACCUCUGCCACCCGACCAACGUGACAAUCUCCGCCGAAAAGGAUGAGUGCCCUAUCUGUGUGAGCCUCACUACUUCCAUAUGCAGUGGCUACUGUCCAACGAAGGAAUCAGUAUACAAGAGCCCUCUCCUGUCAGUUUACCAGCAUGUGUGUACUUACAAGGAGAUUCGAUAUGAAGCCAUCAGGCUGCCAGGCUGCCCCUUGGGUGUUGACUCCACCUACACCUACCCUGUGGCAGUCAGCUGUGAAUGCAACCUCUGUAAAAUGGAUUACACUGACUGCACAGUGCAGAGCAUCAAACCGGACUUCUGCAGUGCCAGGAGGGUGUCGCUGUGA